AUGAAUUCCACAUUGGAUCUCUCCACAAAAGAACAUGAAGGGUUUAACAGCUCAAAGGUAGCUGAUGUUUCAGGACGAGCAGUAAAUAAUAAUGGAGAGGGCGAAGCCAAGCAGCGAGCAAUGUUAUUGGAGUGGUUGAAUAAUACUCUCCCUGAUUUAAGCUUGCCACUCAAUGCUUCAGAUGAAGUCUUGAGAAUGUGCUUGAAUGAUGGUACUGUUUUGUGUCGGAUACUGAAUAGGCUGAGACCUGGUUCUGUGAAAGAGGAAGGUGAUUUCAAUCAUUCUUCAGUAUGUACAGAAAAUAUUAAAAGGUUUCUGGCAGUGAUGGAUGACUUGGGGAUCCCUAGAUUCGAGAUGUCAGACUUGGAGAAGGGAUCUAUGAGUACUGUUAUUGAUUGCCUUUUAGCACUUAGAGCACGAUUCAUGCCAAAUGCUGUUGGAGAUAAUUUUUCUCUCGCUAGUCUGAAGACUAAAUCUAGAAGCCCUCUUGGAGAUGCAUCUUCCCGUGGACAGCUUUCUCCAUUAUAUGGAGAUGAAAGGUGGAAGGUUGCGUCGGACUCUAAAUUUCAACGUGUUUUGCGUACUCCUAUCAUGUCAGAGCCAUCAGCUGCAUUAAACCAUCAUGGUGGACUUAAGUUCCAUGAAGUGUUUCAACUCAAACAAGGACGAUAUGCAGACCUUCCUGCUGCAAAAAUUUCAGAGAUGAUGAAGCCAAACAGUCUAGAUUAUCUCUCGCUGCAGAAUGCCCCAACUCAGUCACUUUUAAGUGUUGUGAAUGGAAUUCUGGAUGAAAGCGUUGAAAGAAAGAAUGCUGAAAUUCCUGAUCGGGUGGCAUGUCUGUUGAGAAAAGUUGUGCUGGAGAUUGAGCGACGCAUAUCAACUCAAGCAGACCACUUAAGAACUCAAAACAACCUUUUUAAGGCCCGUGAAGAGAAAUACCAGUCAAGGAUAAGAGUACUUGAAACCCUUGCUUCAGGGACUAGUGAAGAGAACCAGAUUGUUAUGGACCACCUUCAGCAUAUAAAGAUGGAGAGGACCAAAAUGGAAGAAAGGAAGAAAUUUGAGGAGGAGGAUUUGGUUAAAUUGAUGAAACAGAAGGAGCAAAACAAUCUUGAAAUUUCAGAAAUGAAGCAAGAGCUGGAAAUAACUAAAAAGACGUGUGAACUUCGAUGCUUGCAAAUAGAAUCAGAAGCCAAGGGUGCUAAAACAGAGCUCGAGGAGAGGUCAAAAGAACUUGAGCAACUCUUAGAAGACUCCAAAAACAAGGUGAAACAGCUUGAGUCAUUUUCUGAAUCAAAAUAUGAGAGUUGGAAUCAGAAAGGGCACAUCAGCCAGAGCCUUAUGAAGUUUCAGUUUGGUGCACUGCGGGAAUUGAGGUUUGCUUCUGCAUCCAUUAAACAAGAAAUUCUGAAAGCACAAAAUAGCUAUUCGGAGGAAUUUAAUCAAUUAGGAGUGAAGCUUAAAGUAUUAUCAGAUGCAGCUGAAAACUAUAAUGCAGUUCUUGCUGAAAACCGGAAGAUGUUUAACGAGCUUCAGGAUUUAAAAGGAAACAUUAGGGUGUACUGUCGGAUAAGGCCUUUUCUUCCUGGACAGAAAGAAAAGCGGACAAUCAUAGAAUAUAUUGGGGAAAAUGGAGAGUUGGUUGUUGCUAAUCCCUCAAAGCCAGGGAAAGAAGGCCAUCGUUUAUUUAAGUUUAAUAAGGUCUUUGCUCCUGCUGCAAAUCAAGCGGAGGUAUUUUCUGACGUCCAACCCUUGAUUCGGUCUGUACUUGAUGGAUAUAAUGUAUGUAUAUUUGCUUAUGGUCAAACUGGUUCAGGAAAAACUUACACAAUGUCUGGUCCCGAUGCAGCAGCUAUAGAGAAUUGGGGGGUCAACUAUCGAGCUUUAAAUGACCUUUUCAAUAUAUCUCGAAGUAGAAGAAGCUUCAUUAUGUAUGAAAUAGAUGUUCAAAUGGUUGAAAUAUAUAAUGAACAAGUGCGCGAUUUACUAUCAAACGAUGCUUCUCAAAAGAAACUUGGGAUUUUGAAUCACUCUCAACCCAAUGGGUUAGCUGUACCUGAUGCUACCAUGAGACCUGUUGAAUCAACCUCAGAUGUAAUGGAAUUAAUGGACAUGGGAUUAAGGAACAGAACUGUUGGUGCCACUGCCUUGAACGAAAGAAGUAGCCGCUCUCACAGUAUUGUUACUAUUCAUGUUCGUGGGAGGGACUUGAAGACUGCUGCUGCCUUGCAUGGUGAUCUUCAUUUGGUAGAUCUUGCAGGAAGUGAAAGGGUAGAUCGUUCUGAGGUAACUGGAGACAGACUCAGAGAAGCACAACACAUAAACAAAUCGCUAUCUGCCCUUGGAGAUGUCAUUUUUGCUCUUGCUCAAAAGAGCAGUCAUGUUCCUUACCGAAAUAGCAAGCUUACUCAAGUCCUACAAAGCUCUCUAGGUGGUCAAGCAAAGACCCUUAUGUUUGUGCAGCUUAAUCCUGAUGUGAGUUCAUACAAUGAAAGUCUAAGUACUUUGAAGUUUGCUGAGAGGGCUUCUGGAGUUGAGCUAGGUGCCGCAAGGAGCAGCAAAGAGGGUAAAGAUGUCAGAGAAUUGAUGGAGCAGGUGGCUUCUCUCAAAGACACCAUUGCAAAGAAGGAUGAGGAGAUUGAGCGGUUGCAAUUACUUAAAGAUUUCAAAAAUGUGUAUCCUGGUGUCAAUGGUGAGAAGCGUGGGACAGUCUCUUUGAGGUACGGAUCUUCCCCCCCAAGCAAAGAAUCUGUAGGUGGGAUUCCUCAGCGAAGCCAAAAACCAUCAGGUGGGACAGGGUUAGGACUUCCUGAGAAAGUAGCUUCCUCUGAUCAUGAAAAUUGUUCAGAGCACAGUGAUAAGCAUUCUGAAGCUGAUUCCCAGCAUUCCAUGGAUGACCUUAAAUACCAAAAAGAAUUUCUCCGGCAAUCAGAGGUUGCUGGAGAGGACAUAGGUCAGAAUAUUCCUGCAGAGGCUGAGAGCUUAGGAUUUGGGGAUACAGAUUAUGAGGAGAGAUUGAGUGUCAUAUCUGAUGGUGGUCUUUCUGUGGGAACAGAAACUGAUGGAUCUGCAGAAAAUGCUAUUUUCUCUGAGGGCUCAAAGCCUCUAGAUUAUCUGGACAAGUGAGUAUU